GUAAUUUCCGGGCGACUUCAAGUCUGGCAAGCUUGUCUACUCGGUAACUUGACUGGGCAAAUUUCUUUGAAUUAUUAAUAACGGACUAGGGUAAAUAGAACCUCGUUUUGGACUAAAUUAAGACCAAACUCUUGUAUACAAAAUGGCAGACCAGCUAACCGAGGAGCAGAUUGCAGAGUUCAAGGAGGCGUUCUCCCUGUUUGAUAAGGACGGCGACGGCACCAUCACCACUAAGGAGCUGGGCACCGUCAUGCGCUCACUGGGACAGAACCCCACCGAGGCCGAGCUGCAGGACAUGAUCAACGAGGUGGAUGCUGAUGGAAAUGGCACCAUCGAUUUCCCAGAAUUCCUCACUAUGAUGGCGCGGAAGAUGAAGGACACAGACAGCGAGGAGGAGAUCCGGGAAGCCUUCCGAGUGUUCGACAAGGACGGUAACGGCUACAUCAGCGCUGCGGAGCUGCGCCAUGUGAUGACCAACCUGGGAGAGAAGCUCACAGACGAGGAAGUCGAUGAGAUGAUUCGCGAGGCCGACAUUGACGGAGAUGGACAGGUCAACUAUGAAGAGUUUGUGCAGAUGAUGACUGCAAAGUGAAGCAGGUGUCCCCUUUGCAUACCACUCACUUAACAUGACUGACUAAGAUCACUCUUGUCUUAAAAAAUAAUAAUAAAAGUAAUAACCGUGCAGAAAUAAAACCUACAAAACAUCCAUAACAAUCCAACCAAAAAGCUUAAACUCCCAAACUAUUGAGUGUUAAAAUUCAAUAACUGGUGUGGUCUGGUCAAAACCUCCUGGCUUCUUCAGCCUCUGAGCAGAGAAAGAGUAUGGAGGCCUUUUCAAGCAUGUGAUCCUUCUUCUUUAUGAGAGUCUUAACAAAGAUCCUCACCGUAAAGUAUUCAGCUUUCUGAAAGGAUGGUUUGAUCGGCAUUGAGGACGCUAGCUAAUUCCUUCCUGUCUAGCUGAAAAAAGCUCACCUAUUGGCUACUGUUGUCCCCGUGAAAAGUAAUUCCAAAUUCCAGUUGACGUAAAACAGAAUUUGAUUGGAACAUUAGAGUUUGGUUGCCUGAACUCGGUCAAAGCUUUGGAUUGUCUGGGGCCCCCAUCCAGUUGCAGUUGAAAAGCUUGUUACCACCAUGGAGAUCUGGGUCGUGUACAAAGCUAGAUGUGUGUAAUAUAUGAAUAUAAAUCUACAUAUAUUUGAAAAGAAAAAAACAAAUGACAACAACCAACAGAAAACAAAACAAACAAACAAAAAAACAUUGAUAAAAAAAAAAAUGUUAGUGUCCACCUGAGAAAGUUGACUUGCACGUAGUGAAAGCCGACUACGUUAUGUUGUUGGUGUAGAGCUGCAGAUGAAUUCCGGUCAUCCAGUGGUAUUGGUCAGUGCCACUGGAGCUUCCUGCCGUCUGUAAAUCAGUCUGUCUGUCCGGUAGACAGUUCUGUGGGCAUACCUGCAGCUACCACUAAAGGAAUGCAUGGUUGUGUGUGGACAGUGUGAGCAAGUUGCAAGACAACAAUGUAAAUGUAAAGUUAAAUAAUCUACAGGUUAAAUGUGGUGCAAAUACCAGUAUGUUAUGCUUAUGCUUACUACUUAACAGAUACAAGUAAAAAACAAAAAACAAACAAACAAAUUGUGCGUCAUUACAUAUUAUUGUCUGGUGAACUUUGCAUUGCCUAUUGUUACUGCAGUUUAGUAUGACCUGUGAUUUUUGUUUUUCCCUUUUGUUUGUUUUCUUUUUUUUUUUUUAAUUUAAAGUUGUGUCCACGGUUUUAUAAAUGUGCCAUAAGAAUCUCAAGCCUCAAAGACUCACUUGCAAGAUGACUUGUAGUAAUUAAUAUAAUAUAUACUCAAACAUCCAUAUAUAUAUAUAUAAAUACAUAUACAUAAAAUUACAUUAAAUUACAUUAAAUUAUAUAUCUAUAUAUAUACGUUUACAUACAUAUGCAUAUAAAUAUAAAUAUAUAUCUAUAUUUGCACUCUUAUGUGAAUCGUAACAUGUUAAGUCACCAAUGAGGAACCAAAAUUUUGCUGUCGCUGCUACCGCUACAACUCAUUUGUCUUUUGCAAUUGUGAGUUUAUUCACCCCCUCCCAGUCUGCCAGCUGCUUCGGCAGCUCUUCCGUUCACUGCUUUGCUGUGUGACUGAGCAUUUAAAUCUAAAUAACCUGCUGUGUACAGUCUCAAACACAAGGCAAGCCUUGAAUGAUUUCAGAUGUGGAGAACUUAAAGCGAGGGACGGAGUGUAUACUCUCGAAGGUAGUGCGGUUUGGUUCUCAUGGUGUGACCUUUUGGCAACGUUGCAGUAGACGAGCGGAAAUUGUGUUUGAUCUCUGUGGUCGGAUGUUUCACACUGGCUUUGUCUCAGGUGUACAAGUGGAGUACGCAGGAAUGUGGACUGUUACAACAUGUAGAACUAUCUGCAAAUAAUGUGUGGAAUAAAAUAUUGUUUUGCAAUAAAAAGUAUAUUAAUGUUCGGAAA